GACCCUGGAUAGAUAAACACUUGUCACAAUAACUUUGACCCAGGGUUAUCCCUUACUCACCCUCUAUUGAUAAAACGGCCCUAAUUAGGAUGUCCAUAAGUCCAUAACCGACAUUCAAGAUGUUUUUUAAACAUUUGCUUCUCUUUUUCUCCUAUAAAUGAAGAAAACUUGUAAGCUCUUAUGUGGUUAAAAAAAUCAAGAGCCAAGAGCCUGGAAUAAUUUUCUCAAUUUUUCUUAAAUUUCUUCUAUUUAUGUCUCCAUUAUUCUGCGUCCUUUUUUGUCUAUUCCUGGCUCUUUUAUAUAUUUCUCCUUUUCCUCUAAAAAAACUCAAAAGCUCCUAGGGAAAAAAAAAAUCAAAAGCCUGGGAGAAGCAAUUUACGUUUUUGUUGGAAUAAAAACCAAAAUUAAAAGUAAAAAACUAAUUUAUUUCUGAGCUAUCAAAACAUGAUUCCUAGGCGAUAUUAGACUAUCAAAUACAGGCAAAAUAUCACAAUCGCUUCCGUUUUCUUGCAAAUAAAUCAACCUAUCGUAUAAAAUAAAUGUUUCCACCAACGGCCCUAACAAAAUCUUCAAAGAAAAAAACUUAAUCACAUUAGCCCAAGUCUCUUCUAUAACCCCCUCAUAAUAAUUCAAUUCGUUAUCACAAAAACUUAAAUCAUAAAUAUUUUUUGUAGCUCUCAAACAAUACUCUUUCAAUGUAAUCCCUUCUUCAUAUUUAACAUUAUUAACUUUACAAUGCCUAUAAAUUUCAUCAUUCAUUAAACAUCCCAAAGCUGCCCUAUAAGCAUGAACUUUCAAAUAAUCUAUUUCCUUAUUUCUAAUUUUUAUGAGGUAAUUCUCAAUAGCAUGGCAGGCAGUUUCACUUGAUAAACGAUCCAAUGUAAAUUGAAAUUGUUUGUAAAACUCACUCAAAGGAAAUCCGCAAAAGGUAAGUUUAUUGUAACAACAGCUAACAAUGUUAAUAAACCUGGCACUAGGGGAUUCAUUAUAGAGUCUUAACAAUGUUGCACCCAAAUCGCCACAAGGAUGUAGACCUACUAUACCAAAUUUGAAGUUAUCAUUUGUAUUAUUAAAAAGGGUUUUAAUUAAAUCUUCAAACUCAUUGGCUGAAAGGGUGUCUUGAAUUAUUUUACAAAUAUGUUUCGGUUUAGUUUUGCAUUGAUGUACAAUUGAUUUUUUUGAAAGUAUUAUUUCAAAACUGUUGUCAAGUUUUGGGGCUUCAUUAACUAAAGUUUUAUUAGCUUCAAAUGUAAUUACUUGAAAACCGUAUUUGAAUGCUAAUAGGCGGCUCAAAUGUCCCAAACCAGAACCAAUGUCUAUUAUAUUGAAACAGCCUGUUUUGAGGGCUACUUGAUAGCAAUGUUCGGACAUUAUUUCGAUUUCGUGUCGUUUUUUUAGUUUUACAUUUUUCCAGAAGUAUUUCAUAAAGCGUUUAUCUAAUGGUUUUGUUGAGGUUUCAGUUUUCACUUGUGCUCUUUUUGCUGAAUAGUUUUGGAGUAUUUUUUGUAGGCAUAUUAUUGAUAAGGGUGCUAGUACAGUUUUUGAGGGGUUUUGAUAGUCCAGCAAAUCAGCUAUUUGGUUUAAAGGUAGAUUAUUCAAAAAUACUUUCCAGCUGUUGGGCAAUUUGGUGUUCCAAUGGUCUUCGAUGUAAAAAUCUGAUACGUAGGUGUUUAGGAGGUUUUUGUAUAAGGCUAUUACUUGAUUACAUAUUAACGCACCUUCAUGAUGAGGUUCCAUUAUUAUACAAUAAUUUGAAAAACUACACAUUUCAUAAACAUAAACGAGGUUAUAGUUUUUCACAACACAACAACGCAACAACAAACGUAGUAGGAUUGUACUUUACUUUACACACACAAGAUGGCAUUGAAAUUGAGUUGGCAACAAAACCCUGUUUGUUAUCCAACUUUUUUAGUUUAAAUUAAAUCAUGUUUAAAUUAAUGAAAUGUAUUAUAAGUCCAACUAAAAUCAAAAACAUUUCUGAAAUGGUUUUUGGUAAAUAUUUAUUACAAACAAACAUUGUAAGUGGAGGAGCGCUUUUGUGGUUGGGCGAUAUUUGCGAACAAGAAAUUGAAUUUAGACAAGGGAAACUUGCUAAAAGAUACGAUUAUGGAAGAAUGGCUCGUAUGUUUACUGUGGGCAUAGUUCUAGGCCCUUUGAACCAUUACUAUUAUCUUAACUUAGCGAAAGUUUUACCGAAAAGAAAUCUAGCAACAGUAUUUUCUAAAAUAUGUCUAGAUGAGUUUUUAAUGUCUCCUGUAUGUAUAGUUGCGUUCUUUUAUAGUAUGGGAGUUCUAGAAAUGAAGCCCAUUCAAAAAAUGAAUGAAGAACUUGUAGAUAAGUUUUUAGAAGUUUACAAGAUGGAUUGGUGUAUAUGGGUGCCAGCCCAAUUUGUCAAUUUCUAUUUUGUACCAGUUAAAUAUCAAGUUUUCUAUAUUAAUGCUGUAACUGCCCUAUACAAUAUUUUCUUAUCUUAUAUAAAACAUAAAGCUAUUGAACCUUUAGCAACUAAUAAAUCAAAUAAUACUUAAUAAGUG